AUGGAUAAAAUCGGUUUUAUCAAAAAGGAUAUUUACAAUCUUGAAUGUAGUGUGAAUGGGAAGCUGAGGAACCACGAUGUUGAACUAGUGACCGACUAUUUUAUGGCUGAACAGAAAAAAAAAAAUGAGGGUUUUUAUUUCAAGAUUGAGGGAGAUGGCGAAGACAGGUUUAGUCGAUGUUUUUGGGUAGAUGCAACUUCUAGACGGGUGUACCGGUUGUAUGGAGAUGUUGUUGUAUUCGAUACCACAUUCAACACGAAUCGAUACGACUUAACAUUUGCACCAAUAUUGGGAGUUAAUAACCAUGGUCAGACAAUUGUCUUAGCAUGCACAUUUUUGAGCAAGGAAACGACUGAGUCGUUUAUUUGGAUGUUUGAGGAGUUUAAGAAAGCCAUGCCAGGUGGCGAAGCUAAAACGAUCAUUACAGAUCAAGAUGCGACCAUGACCAGAGCGAUUUCAAUAGCCUUCCCGACUACAUUUCAUCGACUUUGCAUAUGGCACAUCACAUCAAAGUUCCAAGUUAAGUUACCACAUUUUGCUUAUAAGGAGUAUUGGCGUGAAUUUCAAAAAUCCAUAUGGGAUACUGACAAUAAGGAUGAGUUUGAUGCAAAGUGGAAUAUUGUGGUUACAAAGGCUGGUUUGACUGACCAUCAAUGGCUAAGUUCAAUGUUUGAUUUAAGGGAGUCUUGGGUUCCAGCCUACGCACGAGACUUGUUUGCCACUGGAAUGUCAAGCUGCCAAAGAGCGGAAGGUUCUCAUGCUUUCUUCAAGCAAUACAUAUCAAGGAGAAAUUCGUUGAUGGAUUUCAUAAUACGAUUUGAGAGGGCACUUUCUCAUCAACGUCAAAAAGAGUUAGCUGCUGAUCACGUAGAUGCAUUUGAAGUGGCUCAAUGUAUUCUACCAAUGCCAAUGAACAAACAAAUGGCUACCUUGUACACAAGGGCAAUGUUUCAAAAGUUUGAGAAAGAACUAAUACAAAGUACAGCAUGUUUCCUAGAGCUCAAAACAGAGGAUGCUUCAAAAGUUGUCUUUAAUGUGAGCGAAAGGAAAAAUUGGCAAACAAGAGUGGCAGAAGUUGUAUAUGUCAAAGAUUCUGACCACGCAUCGUGUAGCUGCAAAAAAUUUGAAUUUGUUGGGAUUAUUUGCAAGCACAUCCUAGCAUUGUUCAGAAGGGACCAGAUUGAAUAUAUGCCCGAUAAAUAUGUUUUGAAAAGGUGGAAGAAAACUGCGAAGGCUGGAUUGGUGUCAAAUGCCAAUGGCAACGAAAUUAAAGACUCUGCAGAUCCUGGUCUUUUAAUAAAGCGGAGUACAAUGUCCCGACUUGCUUCAGAUGUGGUUGAGGAUGCAUUAAUGUGUGAAGAAGGAUGUGAGCUAGUGUCAGAGACUCUAAAAAGUUUGCGGGUGAAGUUGAAGUUGUUGAAGGAUGGACCAAGUAAUAACGAAGUUGGAGGGUCUAGCUCUCAAACACAAUAUAUGAAAGACCCUAAGAGAGUAAGGUGCAAAGGAAGGUGGAAACAAGUAACGGGAGCAAAGGAAAAGCCAAUGAAGCGAGGGAUUCGACACUGUCGGGAGUGUGGAGACAUUGGUCAUGAUAGAAGACAAUGCCCAAGAAAUUUGAACACACCGACAUCACCGUCGAACAAUGAGGAAUCAACUCCAAUAGAUCUCAAUGUCCCAUUAUUCGACGAAUUUUACAGGAUGCACGGACCUACCGAAUGA